GUCCUUUUCCACGGGGCUGAGGAAGAGGAUUAGCAGCAAACAUGCCGACAGUCGGUGUAAAAAGGGAUCUUCUCUUCACAGCUUUGGGAAAAACAUACACUGAUGAGGAGUUUGACGAGCUGUGCUUUGAAUUCGGACUGGAGUUAGAUGAAAUUACCUCAGAGAAGGAGAUCAUCAGCAGGGAGCAGGGGGACUCCAAAGCCACAGGAGCUUCUGAUGUCAUCCUGUACAAGAUCGAUGUACCAGCUAACCGCUAUGACCUGCUGUGUCUGGAGGGGCUGGUCCGUGGACUGCAGGUCUUCAAGAAUAAGAUUGAGGCCCCUCGCUACAGACGUGUCAGACCAGCCAGCGGGGAGCUUCAGAAGCUGAUUAUCACUAAAGAGACGGCAGCAGUGCGACCCCACGCUGUGGCGGCAGUGUUGAGGAACAUCACCUUCACACAGGAGCGCUAUGACAGCUUCAUCGAGCUGCAGGAGAAACUGCAUCAGAACAUCUGCAGGAAGAGGAGCCUGGUUGCGAUUGGGACCCACGACCUGGAUACCAUCUCAGGUCCUUUCACAUACACCGCCAAAGCUCCCGCAGAUAUCAGCUUCAAACCUCUCAACCAGACCAAAGAGUACACAGCUACCCAGCUCAUGAGCCUCUACAAGACAGACAGCCACCUGAGGCACUACCUUCACAUUAUUGAAGACAAGCCUGCGUACCCCGUCAUCUACGACAGCAACGGCAUUGUCCUGUCCAUGCCUCCCAUCAUCAAUGGGGACCACUCAAAAAUCUCUCUAAAGACAAAGAACGUCUUCAUCGAGUGCACGGCUACAGACGUAACCAAGGCAAAGAUCGUGUUGGACAUGAUGGUCACCAUGUUCAGCGAAUACUGUGCGCAGCCUUUCACGGUGGAGGAGGCUGAAGUGGUUUAUCCAGAUGGCAAGACCUGCAUCUACCCAGAGCUGGCCUACAGGAAGGAGAAGCUGUCCAGCGAGUUUGUCAACCGCAAAGUCGGCAUCAACGAAUCGACCGAGAAAAUCGCCCAGCUGCUCACCAGGAUGUGUCUGAACUCCCAGCCGACCGGUAACGGCGACGAGAUCGAGGUAGAGAUCCCGCCCAUACGCUCUGACAUCAUCCACGCCUGCGACAUCAUGGAGGACGCCGCCAUGGCCUACGGCUUCAACAACAUUGUCCGCACCGCGCCGCGCACGUACACCGUAGCCAACCAGUUUCCACUGAAUAAACUGACAGAGCUUCUGAGGCAAGACCUGGCAGCUGCUGGAUUCACUGAGGCUCUUAACUUUGCCCUGUGUUCUCAAGAAGAUAUAGCAGACAAGCUUGGGAAGAAGAUCUCAGAAACGAGGGCUGUUCACAUCUCCAACCCCAAGACGGCAGAGUUCCAGGUGGCGCGCACCACCUUGCUGCCAGGCCUGCUGAAGACGAUAGCUGCCAACAGGAAGAUGCCCCUUCCCCUCAAACUGUUUGAGAUAUCUGACGUGGUGCUGAAGGAUGAGAGCAAAGAUGUCGGGGCGAGGAACAGUCGGCGUCUCUGCGCCGUUUACUACAACAAGAGUCCGGGCUUCGAGGUGAUCCACGGCCUGCUGGACCGGACCAUGCAGCUGCUGGAGGUGAAGUCAGCCCGCGAAGACGGCUACCACAUCCAGGCCGCAGACGAUUGCACUUUCUUCCCCGGCCGCUGCGCAGAGAUCUUUGUCCACGGAAAGAGCGUCGGUCGUCUCGGGGUCCUCCACCCAGACGUCAUCAACCGCUUCGAGCUGACCAUGCCCUGCUCCGCCCUGGAGAUUGACAUCGAGCCCUUCCUUGGCCACACUGCUGAAAUCCCCCUCACACACGACGUCCCCAUGCAGGAAGUCGCCAAGCACAAGUUCCCCGUGCAAGACGAGUCCCUACAGGCUCCGGUGUCCCGCCCAACCAACACCAAAACCGUGUUUGGUGACAUGAGAACACCAACAGGUCUCAAAGCCCUCAAUGACUUCCUGGCAGACAAAAGCUACAUCGAGGGCUUUUCGGCAUCCCAGGCGGACACGGCAGUGUUCGACACCAUACCUUCUGCUCCCUCGCACACCUUCUCCCACCUCCUGCGCUGGUACAACCACAUUAAGACCUUCCAGAGGGAAAGAGCCAGCCUCCCGUUAGCUAAGAGUCAGUUUGCCCUGCCAGCGUCACCCCCCGCCUCCACAAACAACACCAGCGAUGACGACAUCGACCUAUUUGGCUCUGACGACGAGGCCGAGAGCGCGGAGGCGGCUCGAAUCAAGGAGCAGCGCCUCGCCCAGUACGCCGCCAAGAAGUCCAAGAAGCCAGCUCUCGUCGCCAAGUCCUCCAUCCUGCUCGACGUGAAGCCCUGGGACGACGAGACGGACAUGGCCAAGAUGGAGGAGCUCGUCCGCAGCGUCACCAUGGACGGGCUACUGUGGGGGCAGUCCAAGCUGGUGCCAGUGGGCUACGGCAUCAAGAAGCUCCAGAUAGGAUGCGUGGUGGAGGACGAUAAAGUGGGCACAGAUCUGCUGGAGGAAGCCAUCACCGCCUUCGAGGAAUAUGUUCAGUCUGUGGACGUGGCCGCCUUCAAUAAGAUCUGAAUCACAGACACGCUGCUAUAAAUUCACUGAAUGGCACCAUCUGAUGUUUCUGGUGUUGGCUCAAGUUAGACACAAUGUUCAACCAUUGUUCAAACGUCCAUUUUAAACAAUAACCAAAUCUCAGGUCCUUCAUUUGAAAGACUACAAAAUAUUCUUGCUUUCAAACGUCCAAUAAAGCCAUUCUAACUUUU